CCCCCCCCACCCUAACACGAGGCACAGGGGGAACAGUUUGUGCUUAUUGUUGUGAGCUCUUUUUACACAAUGUGGGCUUUAACUGGUUAAAACGUUAAAACUGAGGACCGUAAUGUGGAGUCAAUGAAGAGUCCUUUCAUCUACUGGAAACACCUGCCUUCGACUGUUGAGGUUUCAGAGAAAACGUCCUGGUAUUUUUGAUUCAGCAGUAUUCUGAUAGUAUGACAUCUGGACAUCAUCCCGGCAGACAUUCAACACUCAACCUAUAUGCCCCAGUUCAAUAUUUACUUUUAGCAUUUCACACAACCCUUUUUUUUAUUUGAAAGACUUGGUUGAAGGACAUUUCAUCUACGAUGGCCUUGUUGGGGCUAUUAGUUCUCUCUCUAUUCCAUGUGUCUCUGGUUGGUUCACACACAAGUUCUAAACACGCACCAAGUCCUCCUCAACCCGCAGGGGAACAGUCUCCUGAAGGAUCGGAUAACCUCUCGUUCCCUUGGAGCCGUCUUCGUCUGCCAAGGUACAUCAUUCCUCUUCACUACGACCUCCACCUGCACCCCAAUCUCACUAGUCUCAGUUUCACUGGCACAGUGCAGAUCCAGAUUGACGUCCAGAACAACACAAACUGGGUCGUGUUACACAGCAAGGGUUUGAAGAUUUCAAAGGCCACGAUAUUGGACCAGAACCUCACUCAUCUGUCUGAUAAGGUUCUUCCAGUUCUUCAUCACCCUUCCCAUGAGCAGAUUGGCAUUUUCUCUCCCAGGGUGCUCAGCAGUGGGCGAAAGUACUUUCUGUGCAUUGAGUUUGGGGCAGAACUUGCAGAAGGCUUCUAUGGCUUCUAUAAGAGCACCUACAGAACCAGCACAGGAGAGACAAGAACCUUAGCUUCAACUCACUUUGAGCCCACAAGUGCCCGGAUGGCAUUCCCUUGUUUUGAUGAGCCAAACUUCAAAGCCAAUUUCACCGUUCGGAUCAAGAGGAAUCCAGAGUUUAUCUCCCUGUCCAACAUGCCUAUAGUCAAGACAGUUGAAGUAGGCGAUGGCCUGCUUGAGGACCAGUUUGAUGUCAGUGUAAAGAUGAGCACGUACCUCGUAGCUUUUGUCGUCUGUGACUUCAAAUCUGUCACGGCAACAACAUCCUCUGGGGUGCAGGUGUCCAUCUAUGCCUCCCCUGAGAAGUGGCAGCAAACUAGCUACGCCCUGGAGGUUGCUGUCAAAAUGCUAGAUUUCUAUGAUGAAUAUUUCAAUAUCCACUAUCCUCUUCCCAAGCAAGAUCUGAUAGCCAUCCCAGAUUUCGAGUCUGGUGCGAUGGAGAACUGGGGUCUGACCACCUACAGAGAGACCAGCCUUCUCUAUGAUCCUCUCACAUCCUCCAUUUCUGAUAAACUCUGGAUCACUAUGGUGAUUGGCCAUGAGCUCGCCCAUCAGUGGUUUGGUAACUUGGUGACCAUGGAGUGGUGGAACGACAUCUGGCUGAAUGAAGGAUUUGCGCGAUACAUGGAGUAUAUUUCAGUGGAGGCCACUUACCCUGACCUCAAAGUGGAGGAAUAUCUUCUGCACACCUGUUUUGCAGCAGUUGGCAGCGAUUCUUUGAACUCCUCUCGGCCAAUAUCCAGCCCAGCAGAGAACCCCACUCAGAUCAACCAGAUGUUUGACACGGCCUCCUAUGACAAAGGAGCAUGUGUCCUGCACAUGCUGCGACACUUCCUGACAGAUGAUGUGUUCCAGCGGGGGAUCGUGCGAUACCUCCGCAAAUACAGCUACAAAAAUGCACUCAACCAGGACCUGUGGGACAGCCUAGCCAAUACAUGCUCCGAGGAGGACUUCAUCUCAGGAAAACACUGUUACAGCAGCAGCCAAGCCUCCAAGAAUGCAUACCUGUUUGCAGGGGAACACCUGGACCUGACAGCCAUGAUGAACACUUGGAUUCUGCAGAAAGGUAUUCCUCUGGUAACCGUUACUAGGAAGGGGCCCCAUCUGCUGCUCAGACAGGACAGGUUCCUGAGGACAGUGCUGCCUUCUGAUCCUCUCUGGUCCUCUGUGCAAAAGGGUUUCCUUUGGCACAUCCCUUUGACAUACAAGACGGAUGCUUCAAACACCAUCCACAGACACCUGAUGACCACACAAACAGACAGUAUACACAUUGGAGAGGAAGUCAGCUGGGUGAAAGUCAACACUGACAUGACAGGCUAUUAUGUGGUUCAUUACGAGGAUGGUGGCUGGGACAAGAUGACAAAACUACUGAGACAAAACCACACCGCUCUGAGCUACAAAGACAGGACUCAAUUAAUACACAACGCUUUUCAAUUGGUCACGGCAGGUCACCUGUCGCUCGAUAAAGGCUUAGACCUGAUUGGUUACCUGCAAUUGGAGACACACAACGUGCCUCUCCUCCAAGGACUGGGCUCUCUGCAGGCCUUUUACCAUAUGAUUGAGAAAAGGAAUGAGAUUGAUGUCACACGCAAGCUGCGGAUGCACAUCCUGCGAUUUUUCCGUGCUGUCAUUGACCAGCAGACGUGGAGCGACGGGGGCUCUGUGUCCGAGCGACGGCUGAGGUCAGAGCUCCUGUCACUGGCCUGUCACCUGGAUGACCCUCCCUGUCUGGAGCGGGCCCGUCAGAGCUUCAAAGACUGGCUGCAGUCCAAGGGUACACUCAACCUGCCAACCGAUGUGGCAGAGACAGUGUUUUCAGUCGGAGCUCAGGAGGACCACGGCUGGGCUUCACUCUUACACACAUACAACAUCUCUUCGUCUGCAGCACUGAAAGGCAAAAUCCUGUUUGCCUUAACCUGCAGCAGAGACACAAACAAACUACACAGAUUGCUGGAGUUGGGUCUUGAAGGGAAGGUGAUUCGAUCCCAGGAUCUUUCCUCUCUCAUUUUCAUGGUGGCCAGAAACCCACAGGGAAAUCGCCUCGCCUGGAACUUUGUCAAAAAGAACUGGGACACAUUGGUUCAGAGGUUCCAGUUGGGUUCAUUUUGUAUUAGAAGCAUCAUCAUUGGCACCACAGGCCAUUUCUCAUCUCCAGAGGAACUCGCUGAAGUGCAGUUGUUCUUUGAGUCCAUCAAAGAGCAGGCGUCACAGCUGAGAGCUGCUCAGGUUGCUCUGGACAACGUGCAGAAAAAUGUUCGCUGGUUUCAGAGGAACCUAGAGACUCUGCGAAACUGGCUGAACCAGCAAAUGUAGUGAAAGACAGCGGAACGGGAGCUGGUGGUUCACAGAUAUCACCGAUGGGAUAUCUAAAGUUUUUUUUUUAAUGCUUAUGGGUUUCAUUUGAUAAUUGUAAUGCGAUACAUUUCACUGAAGAUUUGACAUUUUUGUAUAUAAAUGAGUGGUUUUGCAAAUUUGUAAACGAACACAUUUAAUUAGUAGAACUGGCAGCUGUGUGUGUGUGUGUGUGUGUGUGUGUGUGUGUGUGUGUGUGUGUGUGUGUGUGUGUGU